AUGGAACCUGAAAACGUCAAUGAGGCAAUCUGCAAACUUUGCCUGGCAAAGGUUGCAGCAUCUGGAGGAAACACGACUAAUUUAUACACGCACCUUCAAGCGCACCACAAGGAUGAGGCUGCCAAAAUGGGCACCGCAGUAAAAAAUCGACCGCAGAAGCCAGAUACACGGGUACAACCAUCAAUUAGUACUGCAUUUGCGCGAUGCGCAAAAUAUAAGAGGGACAGUGUGAGGUGGAACAAAUGCACUGAUGCAGUGACUAAGUAUAUCUGCAAAGAAAUGGUGUCAGUCUACACGGUUGAAAAACAUUCUUUCAAAGACCUAAUAACCACACUCGACAGCCAGUAUGAAUUGCCCGGGCGUUCAUAUUUCUCCAACACAGCUAUCCCACGUGCCUACAACCGUAUCCGUGGUGAGCUGCAACAGGCUAUUUCAUCAGUCGACUAUUUUUCACUAACAACAGACAUGUGGUCGAGCACAGAAAUGACACCUUACAUGUCACUGACAUUCCAUUUCAUUGACACGGAAUGGAAACUGGUGUCAAAAUGCCUCCAAACUAGUUUUUUGCCCGAGGACCACACUGCCGCUAACUUAGCCGAUGCUUUGCAGGAGGCUCUACAUGACUGGGGGUUAAAAGAGGAUAACGUGUCUUGUGUCACAACAGACAGUGGUAGCAAUAUUAAAGCGGCUGUUCGUAAUUUAGGCUGGCCCUGGUUAAGCUGUUUUGGGCACAACCUGAAUCUCGCUGUGUCCAACACUGUUGAUAAGACGGAGAAAGCCCGCACAGACCGUGCCCUAGGAGUUUGUCGCACAAUAAACGGCUUUUUCUCUCACAGCUGGAAAAGGAGAAGGGAGCUUCAGAAAGCCCAAGUCCAACUUGGUCUCCCAGAGCACUCACUCGUGACGGACUGUGCAACUCGCUGGGGCUCCAAGCAAAAAAUGAUUGAUAGGAUGCUAGAGCAGAGGACGGCCAUCAAUCGAGUUCUAGCUGAUGACCGUAAGGUCAACGUGAGCAUCACAUGGCAAGAUGAAGAUGUGUUGCAAUCUUUGAACAAAGCGUUAAAGCCAGUGAGCGAGUUUACAGACGUUCUUUCCGGAGAGAAUUAUGUAACCGCGUCAUCUCUUCUACCUGUGCUGCGUCUGAUUAAAGAGGACACAUUGGCCCCAUCGGAUGAGGAUGGACAUCUGACAGCCAACCUGAAAGCCAGCAUCGUGUCUAUUUUGGACGAUAAAUAUAAAGCUCUGCCAGAAGCAAGCUUGCAGCUUAUUCGCAAGACAACAUUCCUGGACCCGCGCUACCGGGGUGACUACGAUUCGAACGUUGAAGAGACCAAGAAAAUGAUAGAGGAAGAAGCGGUCAUCCUCGGUAGGAAAGCGCAGUCAACGCACCCUCUGAGAGAAGAGGGAGAACAAAAUGAGGAAGCCGACGCCGACGUCGAGCCGCAGCCUAAAAGAAAAAAAACUCUGGCAAGUUUAUUAAAAAGAAAAGCAGGCACUGCGACAGUAAAUCUGACUAUUCCAGAAAAGGUGAUGACGGAAAUCGCCACUUAUGCUCAGGAGGCCCCCAUUCACGCAGAGCAGGAUCCUCUGGCCUGGUGGAAAGACAACCAAAGUAGGUUCCCCUUGUUGGCAAAGAUAGCCAAAAAGUAUCUUUGCGUGUGUGCAACAAGCUGCGCAUCCGAGAGGGUUUUCAGCACGAUGGGGAACAUAGUCACCCCAAAAAGAUCCCAUCUUAAGCCAGAGAUGGUUAACAUGCUGGGUUUUCUAGCAAAGAAUAUGUAG